AUGGAAGUGGAGGACUUCCCAGGAAUUGACCAAAGUCAGAGAGAUGUCAUUUUCUCCUCCGUUUCGAGAAAUGGACGAUCAAGGUUUCCCGAGGAGCAAGUAGAGUCUAUCUUCAGCGAAAUCCAAUUAAAUCAUAAACGUCAGCUAUGUCGCAUGGCGUGGGAAAAGCAAUCAACUCGAACCCCUACUUCGUCGGGACAAACGUCGAACAAUUCCCAUGCAUUUGAACAAUUGACAACUGUCAAUACGGACCUAAAAACUUUUGAAGAAACAAAGAGAUUAAUCCAUUGGAGCACUCUGUACGUUCUGCCUGAAGUAUAUGAUGCUGCUCGCCGGGUUAAUGAGAUUUGUCAGAAGUUGACGUGCACUGUGUGCUUGUUCUCCCUCGACCGAGGAAAGCUAUUUCAUUUGCGAGAAUUCGAGGUGCAACAAGCGCACAACACGUUGGCUGUGAUCAAAUAUUUGAGAGAAGAAUGGGUGGACAGGAUAAUUCAAUCGGCGAGAAUGUAUCUUCGGGAUAUCGGCAAAGGCGCCUUUGAUCUUCGACAGAAGAAUCCCUAUGUAUACGAUGUCAUCAAACUUCGACGUUUCAUCAACAUGAUGGUUUUUUUUAUGCAGGAUGCCCUGAAGACUUUGGUGAAGACUUCCACAGAAAAAUAUGCAAAUAUGCUCGUCGGCCCUGCCGAAUGUGCCCUGAAUGUCGACAUUGACUUCACAUGGGGUGACAAUUUGAUCGUUACACAGUUUUCCCCAUUUCCAGGGCCAAUUUUCACUGUUGAAUUAGUCAUGAGUCAUGAACAUGGCGCUGGUUAUACAACAUCUCCAACACAGUAUCAGCAUCAAUUUCCCCAUCAGAAAAUAAUAAUAGAGCGCUUAGAGGAAGCUUUGUUGCUAUGUCACAAAGUAAAGCAGCCUUACGCCAGCUUGUUACCGAGCUUGACAUUUCCACCGGAGUCAUACCUCAGUUCCACCGGUCUUCUUGACCAUUCGGUCUGUGUCAUUCGGGAAAAGCUGAAUCGAGCUUACGAACGUGCUAUCAUUCCACUUCAGGCAUAUGCUGAAGAAUUCAACAGAUACCAAGAUUUUUAUACAAUGGACCCCGAAAAAUAUAUCGCGAUAAUUGAAAAAGAGGACAGUUCUACCGCCGCGUUUCAGGAAAAAAUAUCCUUUCAUCGAGCUGCAAGAGCAGAACUUGAGAAGAAGGUACCUGCCCACAUCGCCAUCGGACCCUUCCAUGUUGUAUUGCACAAAUUGAAAGGGUUUCUCGUGGAAAAGCAUAACAACCUCUCUGUACGAUUAUUAACAUUAUUAACGGAGAAAUUAAAAAUUCAACUGGACGACUGCCUGUUCGAGUACAAUGAAAUACGGAGAAUGUUACGAGAAGACCCAAAAUCCAUCGAGGAAGUUUUCAAAAUUCGAGAGUUCAUGGAGGACCUACCCCAGCGCGUUGCAACUCUAACCGACACCGUUAAUCGUUUGAAACUGGAGUAUGAAGUGGUGGAGAAUUUCAAGUGGAACGUACCGGAUGAAGAUUUUUCCACCAAAUGGCUGUGUAUUGGUUAUCCACAAUUAAUUAAUGAACAGAUCAUCGAAACGACAGAUUUCUUAUCGGAAUGCGUAGAGAAAUUCUCGAGAACCGAACUAGACGAUGAGAUGGCCCUCUCCGAGGCGGCUAUCGUCGUCUCCGGAAAUUUGGUGGAACUGCUGCGACAGGAGGAUCAUGACAAGGUACAUGAGAAUGCAGUCGACGCGAGGAGAAUAUGGAAAUCCCUGAAAGCAUGUCAGGAACAAUCUGUCCUACUCAACGAGCGUCGUCGAUUGUUCGGAAUGCCACCUACUGAUAUGAAUGCCCAGCUCAACGAACUGGAACGUCAACUGGACCCUUACAAAACCCUUUGGUGUACAGCAUCAGACUGGUUGAAAUAUGAAGACAUGUGGAUGGACAAUCCCUUAGUAACAGUGGACGCUGCCGAGAUGGAAAUGUUGGUUACUGACAUGCAAAAAUCCAUUGCUAAAUGCAAUAAAUUAUUCCGUGAUCAGCCAAAUAUGCUGUCAAUUGGGAUCGAUAUAGCAUCGAAUAUUGAUGCCUUCAAACCGUACGUUGGUCUAAUGAAAUCCCUGAGAAAUCCCGGAAUCGAAGCUAAACACAUAGAGGAGAUGAAUUCUCGUACGGGAAUUCGAGUGACUCUCGCACCACCAUCAAAUCUCAAGGGUCUUGUCGCCCUCGGUAUAAUGGAUUUCAAGGACACCGUUGCUGAUGUCUCCGACAAAGCAACUCAGGAGUACACCAUAGGCUCGGCGUUAGAUAAAAUGAUGGGUGAAUGGGAGGUCGUGAAGAUGGAGAUUUUGACGUACAAGGAAACUGGCACAUGUAUAAUGAAAGUUACUGAUGAAAUAUUAAUUAUGUUGGAGGAGCACAUGCAGAGUACUCAGCAAAUUGGAUAUGGGCCGUACAGAGCUUUUUUUGAGAAGAGAAUAGACGAAUGGGAGGGAAAAUUGAAGUUAAUUCAGGAAGUUUUGAUGCAGUGGAUUAAAGUUCAGAAAGCCUGGAUGUACCUGGAGCCCAUAUUCACCAGUGAGGAUAUAAGCCGGCAAUUACCCAUGGAAGCGAAGAAAUAUAAAGCAAUGGAUCGAAACUGGAGGAGAAUUAUGAAGAAAGCCCAAGAGUCUCCUUUCAUCCUCCGGACAUGUCCCGAUAAAACUUUAUUGAGUAGUUUGAAAGAAUGUGAGAAUCUCCUGGAAAUUGUACAGCGUGGUCUCUCUAACUAUCUCGAGGCUAAACGUUCGACUUUUCCGAGGUUUUAUUUCCUCAGUGACGACGAGCUCCUCGAAAUUCUAGCGCAGACUAAAAAUGUCAGAGCUGUCCAACCGCAUCUCAACAAAUGCUUUGAGAAUAUGAAGGAGUUGAGGUUCGAGGAGGAUUUGGAAAUAACGAGAAUGUACUCAGCAGAUGGCGAGGAGGUCAUGCUAAAGUCGCCUAUUUAUCCGGUUGGACAAGUGGAAGAGUGGUUGGGGCAGGUAGAGUUGACUAUGCAGAAAACCCUCCGAGAAAUAAUUGAAGAGGCUCUGGAUUAUUUGCAAAUAAAAGUCUAUGGGGACUGGGUUUUUAUGUGGCCAGGUCAAGUAGUUAUUUGUGCCAAUCAAAUAUUCUGGACUGCUGAAGUGGAGAGUGCAAUAAAUUUCAACUCCUUGAAUCAGUAUUACGAGGUCAUGCUGGCCGAGCUCGGGACGUUGAGGGGCUUGAUCAGAGGAAUGCCAACUCACAUUCAGAGGCUCAUGCUGGAAUCACUGAUAACGAUCCAAGUGCACGCGCGGGACGUUGUUACCAGGUUAAUCGAGAAAAGCGUGGGGAGCAUGGGUGAUUUUCAUUGGACGUCUCAAAUCCGAUAUUACUGGGAGAAUUGUGAUGUUAAAAUUCAUGUCAUCAAUGCUGAUUUUCCCUAUGGCUACGAGUACCUUGGAAAUAAUGGACGACUCGUAAUAACCCCACUGACUGAGCGGUGUUAUUUAACAUUAACUGGUGCCCUGCAUUUGAAAUUCGGUGGUGCCCCAUCAGGACCAGCGGGGACAGGAAAAACCGAAACCACAAAAGAUCUGGCAAAAGCCUUUGCUAUUCAGUGCGUCGUUUUCAAUUGCUCGGAUCAGUUGGAUUAUAUCUCAAUGGGAAAGUUCUUCAAAGGCCUCGCCAGUGCGGGUGCCUGGGCAUGUUUCGAUGAGUUCAACAGAAUUGACAUAGAGGUGCUCUCGGUUAUUGCUCAACAAAUAUUAACUAUUCAACAAGCACAACAGACACGAGCAUCGCGUUUCGUAUUCGAGGGUUGUGAUAUAAUACUGAAACCAAUGUGUGCUGUGUUUAUAACAAUGAAUCCUGGCUACGCUGGUCGCACAGAAUUACCUGACAAUUUGAAAGCCCUGUUCCGUCCGGUUGCUAUGAUGGUACCGAAUUACGCCCUGAUUGCUGAAAUUUCCCUAUUUUCCUAUGGAUUCUCCGAGGCGAAGACUCUCGCCGUGAAGAUCACCAUGACGUUUAAGUUGAGCUCAGAGCAACUCAGCAGCCAAGAUCACUAUGACUUUGGUAUGCGAGCUGUUAAAACAGUGAUAGCAUACGCUGGAAACUUGAAACGUCAGUCUGGGGAUUUUGACGAGUACCAAAUAUGCGUGCGAGCCUUGAGAGAUGUGAAUGUACCGAAAUUCUUCAAAGACGAUUUAAAAUUAUUUGAAGGAAUUUUAUCGGAUUUAUUCCCGGGGUUGAAAGCUCUCGAGGCGGAUCGUGAUGUGCUAGAGGCAGGAAUUCGUGAAACAAUACGAGGGAUGGGAUUAAAGGUGCUCGAAGAGCAAAUCCUCAAAGUCAUUCAACUUUACGAAACGACAACUGUUAGACAUGGCUUGAUGUUGGUGGGACCAACCGGCACCGGGAAGACAAAGUGUUACCAAAUAUUGCGAGACGCAUGCAGAAUGCUGCAAGGUCAACAAGAGAAUCCGGGGAAUGUGUUUGAGUUAGUUGAAACAUUUGUUCUCAAUCCGAAAGCCAUUACGCUCGGUCAACUGUAUGGAGAAUUUGAUAUUGAUACACACGAGUGGACGGAUGGAAUUCUACCCCACAUGGUACGUGCUGGAAGCAGUGCUAAUGACAUGAGAAGAAAGUGGUACAUUUUUGAUGGGCCAGUUGAUGCCAUUUGGAUUGAGAAUAUGAAUACAGUGUUGGAUGAUAAUAAAAAAUUGUGUUUGACAUCGGGGGAGAUAAUCAAGUUGUCGGCACGACAAACAAUUAUGUUCGAAGUUGGUGAUCUCAAAGUCGCCUCACCCGCAACUGUUUCCAGAUGUGGAAUGAUUUACUUGGAGAGCGGAACUGUAGGGACCGAAGCAUUAAUUGACUGUUGGAUUGAAACCCUCCCUCAGGGGAUGAAAGAAUUCGCUGGCGAACUGUCGAAAUUAACUUACCAGCUUCUUCCCCCAGCCCUCACCAUUCUCCGCAAUCAAAUGAGGGAAAUCGUUGCCACAGUAGACGUGAUGAUGGUGCAGGCCUACAUAAACCUCAUCAAUGUACGAUUUUCCAUGGAGAUGUCUGCGGAGGGUUCAGCCCCUCAUUCUACGGAAUCUAGUUCAAGGAGAAAUAUUCGGGAUUUAUUAACUCCCUGGGCAACAUUUGCGAUAGUUUGGAGUGCUGGAGCAAGCUGUGAUUCAGAGAAUCGCUGGGCUUUCAGUGAAUGGCUUAGGACGAUUCAACAGGAUUUGCAUCAUCCCAUGCAGUUUCCAGCGGACGGGCUAGUCUAUGAUUACAUAUUAGAUGAAGGGGGAUACACCGACGCCUCCACGGAUAAUUACAUCCCACCCCGGUGGAUAAAAUGGACGGAUGGAAAACAAGUGGAAUCAUUAGGAUUGCAGUUGCAAUUUCAUGACUUCGAUGUUCCUACUAUGGAUAGCAUUCGAAACUCCACGAUAAUUGGAUAUUUGCUGCAGCAUAAGUCUAAUGUUCUCGCAGUCGGUCCAACUGGUAGCGGAAAAACUGUCACAAUUUCUAGAAAAUUGUCCAGAGGCAUGGCAGCCAAGUACAUCACUGAUUUCAUCAUAUUUUCGGCGAAGACAUCGGCUCAAAAAAUUCAGGACUUAAUCGAUUCCAAAUUGGAGAAGCGAAGAACGGGCAGUUACGGUCCGCCAGUGUCGAAGAGACAUAUUUUCUUUAUUGACGAUUUGAAUAUGCCACUGUUGGAGCAGUAUGGGGCACAACCACCUCUAGAACUGCUUCGUCAGUUGCUUGAUUUCAAGGGAUGGUACGACACGACAGAUAUCGGAGAAUUCCAUGAAAUAUGUGAUGUUAAUUUGAUUGGAGCCAUGCAGCCCCCGGGAGGCGGUAGAAACUCAAUAAGCGAACGCGUACUUCGACACUUUCACCUAAUAGUAUUUCCAGAAAUGGAGGACGAGGCCAAAGUAUUUGAGGUAAUUAUACCUCCUGGUUAUGAGGCUAACACACUCUCCCUUUACACGUGUCUCCGUUCCGUAUUCCGGUCGUUUACACGAAAAAAAAUCUAUGGAACAAUCAUGAAAUCCUGGUUAAUCCGAGGUCCAUUAUCAAUUGAGUCCCUCGAUGACAUUGUCAAUGCCACUUUGACUAUGUACAACACAAUUUGUCAACAAUUCCUGCCAACACCGGAUAAGUCUCAUUACACAUUUAAUCUACGGGAUUUCUCGAGAAUUUUCCAGGGAGUCCUCAUGGCUGAACCAGAUAAAAUCGAUACGAGAGGAAAGCUUUGGGCCCUCUGGUUUCAUGAGGUUUCCCGCGUGAUGAGAGACCGUUUGGUCAAUGCAGAGGACUUGGAACGGUUCGAUGAAAUACUGCGAUUGACCCUCAUCGAAUUUUUUGGAGAGACUGGUGGAGGUCUUGAUGGUGAGGAUUCAAUAUUCUUCGCUGAUUUUUGUGGACCGCAUGGGGAGUACGAGAGAAUCAUUGAUCUUCGACAGAUGGAAUCGGUACUUCUGCAGAGUCUCGAAGAAUACAAUGAAACGACAAAUGCGCCGAUGAAUCUCGUUCUUUUUGAAGAAGCUAUGAGUCACAUAUGCAGAAUAAGUCGGAUUAUUCGGCAAGCUAGAGGGAAUGCUUUACUCCUCGGCAUGGGGGGCUCCGGACGACAGAGCCUGACGCGACUCUCAGCUUUUUUAGGUGAACAUGUUUGUUUCCAAAUUGAGUCACGACGCUCCUACAGUCUCAACGACUGGCACGACGACAUUAAGGCGGUGAUGCUCAAGGCUGGAUUAUCGAGGCGAUCCAUCGUCUUUAUUUUUUCAGACACCCAGAUAAAAGAUGAGUCUUAUCUGGAGGACAUUCAUAAUAUCCUCAAUAGUGGGGAUGUGCCAAACAUCUAUCAAAAGGACGAACUCGAGAAGAUUUAUAACGAUAUGAGGGCUGAGGUUCAGGAAGCCGGCCUCUCUUUGAACAGGACCAACCUCUUCAACGCAUAUUUGAAGAAUGUUCGGAGCAAUUUGCAUACGGUCGUUACCAUGAGCCCGAUUGGCGAUGAAUUUCGUCGACGAAUCCGUCAAUUCCCGGCAUUAGUCAAUUGCUGUACUAUCGAUUGGUUCCAUCCGUGGUCUGACACCGCACUACAGAGUGUCGCCGUCCGCUUUAUCAAGGAAAUCCAGGACGAUCAUGUUACUGGUGACAUUUUCGACGCGAUCGUGACGACUUGUCAAUACAUGCACUCAUCCACCAUCGACGCAAGUCAGGAAUAUCUCCAGGUGCUGAACCGCCACAACUACGUCACACCUGUAUCAUACCUAGAAAUGUUAUCCAACUAUGGAAAUCUUUUGUACAAGAGGAAGAAGGCGCUGAUGCAGGAGAUGUCUCGAUUAUCCACAGGUCUGAAUAAGCUAUCAGGAACGGAAUCGGAAGUCAAGCAGAUGCAGGUAAUUCUGACCGAAAUGAAGCCGGAAUUGGAGCAAGCCACCGUAGCUACUUCGGUCAUGAUUGAUCGUAUACGUGAGGACACUAUCGAAGCUGAGAGAACCAAGGGUCUUGCUGAGGAGCAACAGAAGGAGGCGGCGAAAUUCAAGCGUGAGAAUGAGGCAAUUCGGAACGAAGCGGAUAUGGAGUUAAGCCAAGUGAAGCCAAUGCUCCAGGCGGCGGAGGCUAGCUUGAAGGCAUUGAAUAAGGGAGACAUUACUGAGGUCAAAGCUAUGAAACGCCCUCCAGUUGGGGUUGUUCUCGUGAUCGAAGCUAUGUGCAUCGUUAAGGAAGUGAAACCGAACAAGGUGGGACACCCCAUGAUUUAUCAUUCUCCAACACAGGAAGAAUCAGCAACCUCUGAGGUUACCCCAUUCUCAAUAAAUAAAAUUUACAUGACACCUGGAAAGAGAACUGGGGAACAACUAGUGAUCGAUAAAUCAGAUUUUUGGCUUCACGUAGACGCACGUGAUUGGAAUGACAGUGAGCAUCGUGAGGAAGGUAGGGAUUGGGCCACAGGACUAGGAAUGAGAAAAUAUCCUCUAGUACCUGGCAAAUUACCCGGCGAAAAAGUUCUUGAUUACUGGACACCAGGGAGUCAGAUGCUCGCGGACGCCGGUCACUUCCUGCGCGAGCUGGAGAACUUUGAUAAAUCGAAGAUCACCGAGGAGGUGAUAAAUCGGUUGAAAGCCUACAUCGAGAACCCGUCGUUCCAUCCGAGCAAAGUUAUACAAGUCUCGAAAGCCUGUCACUCCCUGUGUCUCUGGCUGCAUGCGAUGUACAACUGGUACUUCGUUAAUCUCAAAGUUGAGCCGAAAAUGGAGGCACUGAAAAAUGCUGAAAUGAGCCUAAUGAAGACUGAGGAGCAGUUGAGCCUGGCAAUGGAACAACUGAGGGAGGUUGAGGAUGGUAUUCAGAGGCUGGAGGAUAUUCUACGUAUUGAGGUGGAUAAGAAAACAAAGCUGGAAAAUGAGCAGCAGCUGUGCGAGGAGAGAAUGUCAAGGGCUGUAAGAUUGAUAUACGGUCUCGCUGAUGAACAGCAAAGAUGGAUAACAGCCAUCAGAGAUAUACAGAUUUUAUACAACAAUGCUGUGGGCGAUAUUUUAAUAUCGUGCGGAGGUAUUGCAUAUCUGACACCAUUCACUGAUGUCUAUCGCAGGGGCUUGUUAAGCGCAUGGACGACAAUUUUGGACAAUAAAAUUCCUUUGAGUGAUAAUCACACAGCAGUAGCGGUACUGGGUAAUCCUGUGGAAAUUCAGCAGUGGCACAUUAAUGGCCUCCCGAGGGAUACAUUUUCUGUUGAAAAUGUUAUUCUCUCGAGAAAUGCGAAUCGUUGGCCAUUAUUCAUAGAUCCACAACGCCAAGUGAAUAAAUGGAUUAAAAAAACGGAAAAAACAGCGGGUCUAUUGAUCGCACGAAUGACUGACAAGGACUUGAUGCGCGUUGUUGAGACAUGUGUGAAAUUCGGACGUCCCUGUUUAAUCGAGAAUGUGGAAUGUGAAUUGGAAUCUACGUUGGAUAGCGUCCUGAUGAAAAAUGUGUUCUCCUAUGGUGGUCAAAUGUCUAUAAAGAUCGGGGACAACGUAGUUCCGUAUAACGAUCAAUUUCGGUUAUAUUUGACCACAAAGCUUCCGAAUCCCCACUAUCCUCCGGAAAUUACUGUCAAAGUGCUGAUUGUGAAUUUUGCAUUGACCAAAAGUGGAUUGUUGGACCAAAUGCUGUCACUGGCUGUCUUGCAAGAGCGCCCCGAGUUGGAGGCAGUACGAAGAGACAUAAUAAUUUCCUGCGCUGAUAUGAAAAGGGAUCUCAAAGAAAUUGAAAAUAAAAUACUCGAUAAACUAUCGAAAUCCGAAGGGUCUGCAGUUGAUGAUAUUGAUCUCAUCACUACCCUGGAGGCAUCCAAACUCAAAAGCGAAGAGAUUAAAACUAAAGUAGCCUCCGCGGAAGCAACACAAGCGGAUAUUGACAGAACACGAUCCGCAUAUUUACCUGUUGCCAAUAGAGCACAAUUAUUGUACUUUGCCAUCAGCGAUCUGAAAACCAUUGAUUUCAUGUACCAAUAUUCGCUGGAGUGGUUCGUAAAUAUUUUCACCGAUAGCAUUGCCAAUACUGAGAAAUCAACCAACAUUAACGAACGUGUUUCGACUAUAAACGAAUACUUGACAUUCUCCACAUAUUCCAAUGUUUGCAGAAGUUUAUUCGAGAAGCAUAAACUUCAUUUUGCAUUUCUCAUCUGUAUCCGAAUACAAAUUGAUACAGAUUCCGUAGAUACAAGUGAAUGGAGAUACUUCCUGUCGGGUGGAUCUUCUUCCCAACAAAAUUUAAAUCCAGCACCCGAAUGGCUGCCGGAGCGAUCCUGGCUAGAGAUCCAGUCAUUAACUAUAUUAAAAGGAUUUCGCAAUUUCCCGAAAUUAUUCCAAAGCCGCUUGAAAAUUUUCAAAGCUCUAUACGACUCAAAGGAACCCGAAUUGCUCUACGAUUUUUUGUCACGUUUCAGGGAUUCAGGGUUGGAAUCUUUGAAUCUCAAUGACUUUCAAAAAUUGCUCAUCAUAAAAUCUCUCAGACCCGACAGACUCAUCACCGCCAUUCAACAAUUCAUCAAUAAAUAUCUCGGUAGGAGGUUUAUAGAACCCCAAACCACUCAGUUGUCUACUGUCUACCGGGAAUCCCACGCAAAAACUCCUCUCGUAUUCAUUUUAUCGAGUGGGACAGAUCCGGCAGCUGAGUUGUACACACUCGCUGAGAAUGAAGGGAUGAAGACUCGAUUUUAUACCAUAUCUCUCGGCCAGGGUCAAGGACCCCGCGCUGAGUUUAUAUUGAAAGAAUCCCUUGAAGCAGGAAAUUGGGUUUUUUUCCAAAACUGCCACCUCGCUCCAAGCUGGAUGCCACACCUGGAUGGACUCAUCGAGUCUUUCCCCGAUAACAUCCACCCUGAUUUCCGUUUAUACUUGACGAGCACUCCAACUAUCAAUUUCCCCCCGACAAUAUUAGAGAACGCCAUGAAGUUGACUGUUGAGCCACCCAGAGGCAUCAAAGCAAACAUGCACAGAAUUUACACAACUCAGAUCCCUCUACUCCACGACCUGUUCGAGUCCGAGGAUCUUAAAGCGAAGGAUAUCAAAUCAUUGCUGUACUCCCUCUGUUUAUUCCACUCGAUUCUUCUGGAGAGACGAAAGUUCGGCUCACUGGGCUUCAAUAUCCCCUACGAAUUUUCUGACGGUGAUCUCGCCAUAUGCAUCUCCCAGCUUCAAAUGUUCGUCGCGGAAUAUCCCGAAAUUCCCUUCGAGGUGCUCAUAUACACCGCAGGGCACGUGAAUUACGGAGGAAGAAUUACUGACGAUUGGGACAGGCGAUGUGUCCUCACCCUUCUCCAUGACUUUUACAAUUCAGAAGUCCUGAAAGACGAUCACACAUUUGAUGCGAAAGGAUUGUACCAACAAAUAUCGACUGUCACCCCAGCAUCUUGUACUUAUGAACACUACCUCAAUGCAAUAAUGUGCUUACCCCUCAAUGAUGAGCCAGAGAUAUUUGGAUUGCAUUACAAUGCGGAAUUGAGUUAUGCUACAUCUGAAGCUUAUUACUGCAUUACUAAUCUCGCAGCACUUCAACCUCAAAGCACUGAACAAUCAACUGGUGGCAAAACCACUAUUCGCGUCGUUGUUGAUAAUCUAUUGACCAGGGUACCAGCAUUAUUCGACGUGAAAGCAAUUCAGGAACGUCAUCCAGUGCUUUACGGGGAAUCCCUCAACACAGUGUUACAAUUGGAGGCAAAACGUUACAAUACCCUUUUGAAAAUUGUAUCCAACUCAUUGAGUCAAUUACUAGCAGCAGUGAAGGGUGAAAUUGUCAUGAACGAGAUGCUGGAAACAAUGGUGAGCAAUCUGAGCAUGAAUAAUGUUCCGGAAUUGUGGGAGUCACGAGGAUACCCUUCAUUGAAACCUCUGGGAGCAUGGAUGUUAGACUUAAACGAGAGAAUCGAAUUCAUGCAAAAUUGGAGCGACAAGGGGAUACCAUCCUCAUUGUGGAUCUCCGGAUUUUUCUUCCCCCAGGCACUAUUCACAGCAACAUUACAGAACUUUGCUCGGAAGUACUCAUUACCCAUCGAUACUAUUGAAUACUCCUAUCAAAUACUUGAAGCUUUGCCGCAUACUCGUGCACAUGAUGGCUGCUGUCUAUAUGGGCUCUUUCUCGAGGGAUGUCGAUGGAAUGGUAAUACACUUGAAGAGUCUAACGCCAAAGUACUCCAUUCAGGUAUUGUCAAUGAGAAAGGUAAAAUUAUUCCAUAUAAUUUAUCGGGACGCAUGAUUUUAAUCGCUCUGUUCGUUUCAGAGAUGAAACCCAUUUUUCUCCGACCCGAACAAAUACGAAAAUCCCCACCCAAGGGCGUUUAUAAUUGCCCAGUCUACAAAACCCUUACGCGCUCGGGUACUCUGAGCACUACAGGCCACUCCACGAACUUUGUCCUUUGCAUGGAAAUUCCCACUUCGAGGAUAGAAUCACAUUGGAUUAAAAGGGGAGUGGCUAUGAUAUGUGCUUUGGAUUACUGAACUUACACUGCAUUUUUUUUCAUUUUCUUCCACUAUUGACAAUCCAUACUUCACUACUUUCGGGGAGUUUGAUAAUUAACCAUCGAUUCUACUCACAACCGUGAAAUUUCCUGUGCCCGAUUACACCCUCCCUUACGAGAAUAAAAAUGCCAU